AUGGCCAAAUGCAGGCUCCAGUACCCACACCAGCCACUUCACAAGUAUCAUCAGAAAGGAGACCUCAUCAUUGGUGGCAUUGCUUCUCAGAGCUUCAUCAUCUCCAAUUCAAUAGCAUUCACUGAAGAGCCCCCUCAAGCCUUGCCUGAGGAGUUUGUGAUAGAAUCAUCUUCUGAUACUGAAUGUAACUCUAAUUUCAGUGUAGUACCCAAAAAUUAUCAGCAAAUCCUGGCUUUGAUUUUUGCUGUAAAGGAGAUAAAUGAAAACUCACAUAUCCUACCAAAUCUCACUCUGGGCUUCCAAAUCUAUGACAGCUAUUUUAAUGCAAAGAGGACAUGUCAUGCCACAAUGCUUCUGAUGUCCACCAUAGAAAAAUUUGUCCCUAACUACACAUAUGACAUCCAGAAGAAUUUAAUAGCUGUCAUUGGGGGACUGGAUUCACAAACCUCCAUUCAUGUGGCAAAUGUCUUGGAUAUCUACAAGAUUCCACAGCUUAUUUAUAGCCCUGUUCCAGUGAUGAAUGAUAAAACCCCAGGUCUUCCCUUCCACCAGUUGGUCCCUACGGAAAAUCUUCAGUAUAAGGGAAUUGUCUCGUUGCUUCUGCAUUUCGGGUGGACAUGGAUCGGGGUUAUUGUAAUGGACAACAGCAAUGGAGAAAGAUUUGUGCAAACUGUGUUUCCAAUGUUUUCCCAGAAUGGUGUUUGCUUUGCCUUCAUAGAAAGAAUUCCAACAUUAACCUUUGUCACGGAUGUUAAAAAUGUGUUGGAAGAGGGGGCAAAAAUACAUGAUAAAUUGCUGGGGAGUACAGCCAAUGUAUUGGUGGUUAAUGGGGAAUCUUAUUCCUUCACAUUUUUUAGAUGGUUGCCAUAUCUAACAGAACAAGAACUCAUAACGACGACACUAAAAGGCAAAGUGUGGAUAGCAACAGCCCAGCUGGUGGUUACUUCAUUUGUUUUUCAAAGGACUUGGGAUAUGAAAAUAUUCCAAGGUGCAUUAACCAUAACAAUUCAUUCAAAUAAUAUAGAAAAUUUUCACAGAUUUCUUGAGAGCAGAAGCCCUUCCAGUGCAGCCGGGGAUGGUUUUAUCGCAGAAUUUUGGCAGAAUGCAUUUGCCUGUGUUUUUCCAAUGCGAUUUCAGGGACAGGCCCAGGGCAAUAUUUGUACUGGUGAAGAAAAGCUGGAAAGCCUUCCAGGAACUUUCUUUGAAAUGAGUAUGACUGGCCACAGCUAUAGCAUCUACAAUGCUGUUUAUACUGUGGCCCAUACUUUGUGUAAAAUAUCUAAAUCUAGAAUGAGACACAGAGCAAUGGUGGGCGGAGGUGGACUGAAGCUUCAGAAACAACCAUCAUGGCAGCUCCAUCAUUUUCUCAGAAGUGUCUCAUUUAACAACAGUGCUGGAGAUGAGGUUUCUUUUGAUCAGAAAGGGGAGUUAAUAGCUGGAUUUGAUAUUAUCAAUUGGAUUGUUUUCCCAAACCAAUCUUUUCAAAGAGUAAAAGUUGGGAGGAUUGAUCCUCAAGCUUCUCCAGGCCAUGCCUUUACAAUCAACGAGGAUGCCAUAACAUGGCACAGCUGGUUUAACAAGGUCCAACCCCUAUCUUUGUGUACUGAGAGCUGCCAUCCUGGUUCUAGCAAACAACUGAAGGAAGGGGAGCCAUUUUGCUGCUACGAUUGCAUCCCAUGUCCAGAAGGGAAGAUUGCAGACCAAAAUGACAUGGGUGACUGCUAUGAAUGCACAGAUGAAAAUUAUCCAAACAAGAGAAAGAAUUUAUGUAUUCCUAAGGAUGUAAGCUUCUUGUCUUUUGAAGAACCUAUGGGGAUUUUUUCAGCUGUUUUUUCUCUUUCCUUUUCUUCAAUUUCCGCUCUGGUGCUUGCAUUGUUUGUGAAGUACCGCAACACUCCUAUCAUCAAAGCCAACAACCAGGAUCUCAGCUACACUCUCCUCAUCUCCCUCCUACUCUGCUUCCUUUGUGCAUUGCUAUUCAUUGGUCAUCCACAAAAGGUGACAUGUCUCCUCCGACAAAGUGCUUUUGGCAUAAUCUUCACAGUAGCUGUUUCUUGUGUGCUAGCAAAAACCAUCACUGUGGUACUGGCUUUCAUUGCUACAAAACCAGGAUCCAGGUUGAGAAAAUGGGUGGGAAGAAGGCUAGCCAACUCCAUUGUUCUUUUCUGCUCCUUUAUUCAAGCAAAGAUUUGUAUUAUGUGGUUGGCAUUUUCUCCCCCAUUCCCGGAUGUUGAUAAGCAUUCAACUUAUGGAGAAAUUGUUCUAGAAUGUAACGAGGGUUCUGUAGCUAUGUUUUACUGUGUCUUGGGCUACAUGGGUUUUCUGGCUAUGGCCAGUUUCACUGUGGCUUUCCUUGCCAGGAAGUUGCCCGGCAGUUUCAAUGAAGCCAAGUUCAUCACUUUCAGCAUGAUGGUAUUCUGCAGUGUUUGGUUCUCCUUUGUUCCAACCUACUUGAGUACAAAGGGAAAAUAUAUGGUAACUGUGGAGAUCUUCUGUAUCUUAGCUUCCAGUGCUGGCUUGCUUGGAUGCAUUUUUUCUCCCAAAUGUUACAUCAUUUUGUUGAGACCAGAGUUGAAUAACAGAGAACAGGUAAUGCUAAGAAAAUGUUGA